CGCGGCAUGCGGCGGCGCCCGCUGCUGCCGCUGCUGCUGCUGGCGCUGCUUCGCGCGCACGGCCUGCUCGCCGCCUCUGGAGAAGCUGAUUACACACUGGACGAUUCAUUUUGGAAUGAAGAAAGCCCAGUCGGUGAAGUCGAGCGGCUACUACGCGAGUACCGACAGAACCAGGAGCUAGUGCGGAACAUCGGAGCGCACUACUACCAGAUCAUCUACCCCGUGCAGCUGCGUCACCACGAGAAGAUGGGCAUUUCUACGCGCGAGGUCAACGCGCAGAAGGGACGUGGCUAUGGUUCAGACUAUCAACAGGGCACUCGGUCGCGAGCUAGGACUGGCAAACACUUCCACCGGACUUCCCUCCUCAUCAAAGCUUUCAACCACAAGUUCAGAUUAGACCUCGAGCUUAACACGCAACUGCUAGCACCCAACCUGAAACAAACACACUUCCUUUCAAACGGCGUUGAAACUGAAAUAAGACAAGAAAUCGAGCACUGCUACUACCACGGCACAGUGAAAGACUACCCGGGCGCGUCGGCGGCGUUCCACACGUGCAACGGCGUUUCUGGCGUCAUACACAUCGGGAACGAGACCUUCGUGAUACACCCCUUCUAUGGAGGAGAUCUCUCGAAGCACCCCCAUGUCAUCUUUGAGGCGCGAACGAAGGCGAACAAGGGGUGCGCCAACAAGCUCGAAUACCGCCCGAAGAGCCGCCGGACCAAGCACGUGUCCUUCGUGGAGACGCCCAUGGCUGACGACCCUAUAGCUGUCGUAGAAAGAACGCCACGCUCAAAAGAGGGCGACUGGCGGUGGUGGAAAGACGCCGGUCUCCGGGAGCUGAAGCGACGCAGAAGAGACGUCCGGGAGACAACGAAAUACAUUGAGACAGCCCUCGUGAUCGACCGAGCGAUGUUCGAGCGACGGAACGGCAGCACGCGCUCGGAAGUCGUGCAUGACGCCAUACAGGUCGCCAAUAUCGCGGAUUUGUAUUUCCGGACACUAAACACGCGGGUGUCGCUCGUGUACAUCGAGUCGUGGCAGGGCGGGGACCAGGCGGACAUCGACCGCAAGCUGGACAUCACGCGCGCCAUCCUCAAGUUCAACGACUACACGUCCAGGAAGCUGUUCAAGAUUGAGAAGGACACUACGCAGCUUCUCACUGGCCUGUCAUUCCCCGGUGGAGAGUCGGGUAUCUCCGUACCGGACACAGUGUGCACGCCCAAGUCUGUGGGCAUCUCAGUUGACACCAACACAUACGAGCCACAUCUGCUCGCUGGGACCAUGGCGCAUAUGAUCGGCCAUAACAUUGGAAUGGGCCACGACGACGGCCGCGAACAGUGCUUCUGCCGGGACUGGCACGGCUGCAUCAUGGCACAGACCAUCGUCGGCCUCGACCACGUCCAGCCUUACAAGUUCUCCGAUUGCUCGAAGAACGACUACAUUAAUGAGCUCAGGAUAGGACAGGGGCUGUGUCUUCUGAAUAAACCUAAUGAGCUAAUCGUCCAUCGUCAAUGCGGCAAUGGCCGCCUCGAUGAAGGUGAAGAGUGUGACUGCGGGGCCAUCGACGAGUGCCAAAAGACCAACCCCUGCUGCGACCCCAUCACCUGCAGGCUGACCAAGGAGGCGCAGUGCGCUUCGGGGGAGUGUUGUGAACAGUGCCAAUUAAAACCACGCGGUGUGACUUGCCGUGACGCCGCCAACGAAUGUGACCUGGAAGAAACGUGUACGGGCCUCACUGGUGUAUGCCCGCCUGACGCGUACAGAAAGAAUGGCGAACUUUGCGAAGAAGGCAAAGGCUACUGCUUUGCGGGCACCUGUCCCACCCUGUCCACGCAAUGUGCCAACAUCUGGGGCCCGGGAACAACGGGCGCCGACAAGGAAUGUUUCGAACAGUUUAACUCCAAAGGAGCCGUGACUGGACACUGCGGGAAGGAUGGCAAUGGAUACAUCAAGUGUGAGAUGGAGAACGUAAAAUGCGGUUCACUGCAGUGUCAACUCGGCAACCGGUAUCCAGUGGUUCAAGGCAUGGACGAAUACUACACCAGAACUGUUAUUACCAUCAAAGGGACCGAAUAUGAGUGCAAAGCAACGACCGGCCUACCCGACCAUCCUGAGAUCAGCCCGCUGGGCCUAGUGAGCGACGGCACGCCUUGCGGUGACAACCUGGUCUGCGUCAACCAGACCUGCACUUCCAUAUUCCCGUACAUCGACCACACCAAAUGCCCCAGUGGGCAUAACAACAACGAAUGCUCCGGGAAAGGGAUCUGCUCGAACGCAAACAAGUGCGUGUGUAACCGCGGAUGGACGGGCCCCGACUGCUCGCAGCCCGACGCUCUCCCCCCCACCCCCACCGCCUGGGUGCCCGACAACGCCACCAAGGCCGCCUACAAUAUGACCAAGAAGGAAACACCGUAUGAGAACUACCACGGCUCGAACACGGUGUUCCUCGUGGCGGUGCUAAUGUCUGUGGUAGGGGGGGUAUUCAUUGUAUUUGCCCUGAGCGCUCUCUGCUACAGGUCAGUCGUAGUACACAAAAACUUCUCCCUGUGCCUAAGGAAAAAGAGCACCAUGCCGAAGUACGACCCGCCGUACGUGAAGAAGCCCAUCGCCAAGAGCUUCGGCGCCGGCUCCACCACCAGCAACAACUCGCAGGAGGACAUCUCGCUAGAAGGCGGCAAGAUGCACUCCUUCAACAACACCUUCAGAAAUCUCCUAAGCCGAGGUGACUCCCAGCGAGUAAUCUUCAGACACGGGAAUCACAUGUCGGGGCCCGGCAAUACUAGUAGAUAUCCAGAUCAUAAGCAAAUGAAACGUGUUCAUUCGGGUAGCGAGGAUGAGCCUACGCAUUCAGGCGAAGAAGACAUCGCCUUCAUCGACGUGCAAACCAACUCGAUGGCCAAGGUUCCCGAGAAGGGGAUCCUGAAGAAGCACGCGUACGGAGCGGUGGAUGGCAAGGACAAGUGGGGGGAUGACAGUCAGAGCGAGCAUUUGGAGGCGGGCUCUCAAUCUGACGGCCAGGAGCCGGCAGGGGCUGUGGCUGAUAUGGAGUAUAAGUUUAAGGAUUUGAACGGCUACCACGAAGGUAUAAUCGUGGCGCUAAAGACUGCAGCAGCGCAACGCGCAAGCGCCGGCGGCUCCGCCAUCGGUUCCGGCGAUCUGCGCGCCUUACAAGAAUACGAAUACAAGCGCGAGCGCGCCUCCAGCGCGGAGAAAAUACACGAGGCAGAACUCAGGAGGCAGAGGGGCGGCGAAGAAGAAGAGGAUGAUGCCCCGUCCUGUGGGCCUAUUAGGAUCAGGAAUUUGGAAGAUCUGAUUAGGCAACUGGAGCACCAUUCGAGCAGGCACAUGAGUCCGUCGGGCUCGGAGGACAUUAGAAUGUCCGAGACUGAGGCUGAUAGGCACUAUAGGAUCGAGCCGGGAGAAGUGCCAGCCAACCGCUGCCGUGGUCGGAUCCCCGGCGAGGAGGAAUCCCGGUUCGGCUACCCGCGCUUCCGCGGCAGCGGGCGGCACCACGCGCCCCUCUUCGCGGGGCACGUUCACCCGCACAGCCCGCAUGCGCGGGCGCCGCCCGACGACGACGCGCUGUACGAGACGGCCGACGCGGAGCGGCUGAGGGACGCGCCGGAUAGUGAGAGUGAUGAAUUUAUUCAAGCUCAACAACAGUUAGCCCGGUGGGCGAGUGAAGACGCGGUGCCGGCGGCGGCGGCGGCGGCGCGCGCGCGCUCUCGAGAGUACUUCCCGUCGCCCCCCGGCAGCUCCAGCAGCGACGCGACCCGGGCGGCGCCCGCGCCCCCGCCCCCCGCCACACCCGCGUCGUCCUCCUUCCCCGAGUACAAGCACUGACCGCGCGCUGCCGCUGCCGCGCCACGGAGCUGUGACCGCGCGCACGCAUUCUAAACCUUCUAGACGUAGUGGUACGAGGUAGUCGCCUGCGCGGCGCCCGCCGUCGGGCGCCCGACUCCGGGCGUUGGCGAUUUCGCGAGGCUCCCGGUGUUUCACUGUCGACGAGGUGACCCCGUUGAAUCGAAAUGUUCUAAAGUCUUGACUUGACGUUCGAUCGAAUAAUAAUGAAGCACUGCACUGGAAAAAGCUUGCAAUAAUAAUUAUAUAUGUAUUACAAGAUAAAAAUGGCCAGCCGAUAAUGAAAACCAUCGGAACGUUUCGUUUCUAGAACUUUGUUGGGGUCAUCUUUUUGUCGCAUGUUCAUGACCGAUGUGAGUGUACGUUAUUUGAGAUACCCGAGGAAUUUUGUAUUCAGACUACCUACGGUGGUACAGAUUUAAAAAAUUGGAUUUUAGACUAUAUGUUGAUCAUGUGUAAUAGAACAUUGAAUUGAAAAUGAAUGGGUCUAAAAUUCUAGUCAUAUAUUGUUUAGCUUUACUGACAUUUAGGAGGCGCAAUACUACAACCAAUACUGCCAGUUAGUAAGACUUAUUUGAUGUGUGAAGUGGAAAAAUGUGUGUGUCCAAAAUGACUCAGUAAUCUAUCGUUAUUCCGUAUUAGACUAUCUACAAAAAAUAAUAAUAACUUGUGUUGGACGUUGGUGAUCGAAAAGUUCCUUUUAUUUCAAUAAAAAAUUAUGAUUCGCAGGAUUUUAUAUUGUAAGAUUUAUCAACAAAGCAGGCGUUUGAAUAUUAGUAUCAAUAUAUGUAGUUAAAAUUUUAAUUUUACAUUAAGUUUCCAAUGGAAAAGGUCAUACGAGCUACCUAAUAUUGACAGCUCAUAUAGCUUCAGUAGGUUUCAAAAUAUUAAAAAAACACUGUCCGAAAAAUCGAGAUUACUACUUUAAAAAAAAAGUUGUGUUGUACUUUUACACAUUGCUAUCUCUAGUUAUUUGUACAAUUUCGAAAUUAAUCGGAGUAAUAAUAGAUAACUGUCCAAUUGUCCUCCUAUGUCUAAAGUCAUCAGUUAGAAUAAGUCGUAUGUGUCUAUUUUAAUUAAUCUUCAAGAAAUCGCCAACUCUCGUGCUAGCCUCGCGGCGUGGCGCCGGGCUUGCGCCGGGUACCGGUGGGUACCCACAGGCACCACGGAGCUCGGAGCCCACAGGCGCCACGGCGCGGGGCGGCGAAGGCGCCCGCGGCGGCCCGCGUACGCCUUAGGCUAAUUCGAUGUAACAUGUUGCACUGUUAGGGUAAUCACGUUACGUAUAGUUAUCCGUUUAGAGACACAAUAAUAUUUCACACGUAGCUAAUGAAAUAAAUGAAUAGCGAAUGAAUGUAGGAGGCGCAGCGCGGCGCCAUUCCGCUGUGAAUACGUAUGUAGUUAUUGUUAGAAAAUCGUGUACAUAUACUGAAGUAUGAAGUAUUAAAUGCACAUUUAUUAUGAUUGACUGACUAUAGGAAAAUUAGAUUAAACUGUUGAAUGUAAGUUGAAUGAAGCGCGCCGCGCUCUUUUGUCGCAGUAACUGUUACGUUGAAAUGUUUAAUAAUUAUAUUUGUUCUAUUAAUAUGAUACGCUUUAUAACUCUUAUCUCUGUUCGUAGCGGGGCUAGGGCGCGGGGCGCGAGUGCUAGUUGUAAGCGUAAGUUAGCGUAAGCUGGUCGUUUUAUGGUAGCGUAAGAGCUGCGCGGUUUCGAGGUCCAGCGAGGCGUGGAGCUCGCGUUCGAGAGACUUCCGACCUUCGGAGCUCAAGUAGCUUUGAUUUAGAUAGGCUAUUAACAAAUUGAACACUUAUUAUUAAGCGAAGCUUUAAUGUAACGUGUGUUAGUUUGAAGGAUGUCGAUAUUCGAUGCAGAAGGCGAGCUCAACGUCUGGCCCGAUGGCGAUGCGUUUCUUGGUUAGCCUAAGUUGAAUAAGUUGUGAAGAGUGCUUGUCAGACUGCUCAGUGUGUGUCGAGUAUCGAAGUGGGCGAAGAGCAACCGUCCCGGAGCAACCUCGGUGUCACACUGCCACGGUAUCAUUACUGUCUUAACUCUGAGCGGCCACACGCGUGUACAGCAUCUGAAGUUACUUUAUACUGAUCGGAACAGUUCUGAGCGAGCAAACGUUUUGCUUAAUGGAAAAGCAAGUUCCAAUAGUAAAAUGAAGAAACACACAUUUUCUCAAUGCAUAUUUUGACAUUCCAUUAUAAAAGUGACCUUAUGUUCCAAGUGGAAAGAUUUUUCAUAUGAAAUUCCAUCAGAAUAUCCAAGGUCCUUUAGGCGAGUAACAUCUCAAUAGGCGAGACGACUAAAAAAAACUAUAGUCCGUCAAUUAGAUUAUCAAAGAAUAUUAGACACGUAUUUUUUCUUUUUUCUCGUAACAAAAAAAUGACGACGGUACAGUGCGUUGAAGUUUCGCGUGACGUCACGCCUAGGUACAAUUUUUACUUAGAAGUGACGCCACAAGCCCCCACUCCGGAACUUAGAUGUUCUUUAUCUUUGUAGUUUUUCAUUAAUUAGUUAAAGAUUGUAAAAUAUGUGUUCAGUAUUUUUGGACGAUCUAACUGACGGACUAAACAGAAUGCCAUUUUUUUAUGUAGUCGUCAUCCCUAUUGUUCUCUCAAAACAUCAGGUAAAGUUUGAAUAAAAAAACUCAAUUUGUUUAUAACCUACAUGUGGCCGGCAGGGUCGCCAUGAUGCCGUGGUCCGUGUGACGCCCCUCCGAACACGCCCCACUUCACACUGUGUCAUUUUUACAUCGCGUUUAAGGAAUUUUAAACUAAGCAACAUAACACCAAUAUCAAAAUCAAAGUUCAAAUUCCUUUUAUACCCAGUUGUUGAGAUUGACAUGGCUAAUUUUGAAUGGACACAUAAUGUUUUAUAAAUGAAAAAAAUAUGGUGUUUUAACACUAUGUAAUAUUUGGUUUAUGUUAACUGUAUCUAAACAUAAAUAAUAUUGGAAAAACGAAUAACAAAACUGAGGAAUGGUACUUAUUUUAUUUUCACUUUUAUGACCGAAUGAUUUAAUUGUACUAGUUUAAUGAGUUUACUGGAUUAUGUCAAAUCGGUUAUGUGGCCAUACGGUAGCCAUGUCAACCGAACUUGGAUAGAUUAAGUUGUGAAAGUAAGAAUCUUUAAACAAAUCGAUUUAUCUAGUUAAACAAACAACACAACCAGAGAUCUCGUACCGUGCACAUAUUAUAGACGUAAUAAACGUACGCAUAUUCUAAAACUUAAUGUGAAUUAUAAAAGUUAUCCCAUUUUAUCAGAAAUAUCUAUUAUUAUUAUUGUAUUAAAUAAACGAAUUUAUGCAGUUUAACCUGAAAGAUAUGUACGAUAAAAUGUGUUAUAGUUUCGCGUUUAUUUUAUUGUAAACAAAUUUAGAGAGUUAUCGUUUCAUUCGCGAUUACGCUAGGUUAGGUGGCCCGGCCACGACAUAACUCGUAGUCUACAGUAAAGUAUUAUAAUAUAGACGAGGCGAGAGUCGGCUAUUAUCAUUCCGACGCGACGAACGCCGGGCUCAGCUCGAGCGGCGGGCUCAGGGCGCCAUUUUACAUACUCCGUUUUAAACUUUACAAAUGCACAAAAAAAUGCCAAUUAACCUAAGCCUGUGUAUCAACGGCCUCAACUCUGGGCUCGCCGCUUCCCGCGCCGGAUUUCCAAUAUUUUACGGAAUAUUUGUUGUACUUUAAGUUAGUCUAAAUAGUUACUAUGAACACGUACAGGGUAGAUGUUAUUGCAAUACUCUGUAGCUGGGUGUUGCACUCGCCCGCGCGGCGUGAGUCGACGUAGUUUACAAGAAGAUGCUCAAUUAUUGUAUCCAGAGAAAAACUAAUCUUAUGGCCACCCUAGUUCGAGUGCGUCGACAUCGCGCCGCGCAUGUGAAUUGUACGCCGAACCAGACGGAGUCCUUUUUAAAUAUCCUAUCUUUUUUCAGCUACAAUCCGAUCUUUAUAGUGUUUCAACGUCGGCAAAGCGUACAAGCGAGUGCGCGAUCCAGUAGGCGUCCCGAGCGCGCGUUCAUAAACCUGCAAGCCAGUCUGUGCGAUCACACUGGCACUCGCCCCGUAGGUAGUCGGGGGUCGCACAGACUGGUUUGUACGCGUAGGCCUAAUCGUCAAUUGCGGACGCGCCAGAUACGCCAUUGCUCACGGCAGUGUUCUGCUCGUCGCGAAUCAUUGCAACGGCUCGGGAAGUACCACUACCGCUAAGCCUCACUCAUAUCUGUAAUUGUCUUAGAACGCGGCAUACUUGAAUUGUGACUAGUUAUGCUAGAUGCGUGUAAGAGCGUGUUAUGUACAAAAUGGAAUGUUAUUUUUCAGUGUUUAGAGAUUUAGAGUUAGGAGCUCUGAAAAAUGGCAUCGUUUCAUCCACACCGCUACCUAUUGUAAUGUGCACGAUGGUCGCGAAACUUGCCACCUGAUAGCCACCCUAACAGUGCGACAGUUAAUUAAGUUAACAUUGUAUAAUGUAUUGCACUAAAAUUGUAAAUUAAAAAUGGAGGUAAUUGCUCAAACUGUGUACCGGUUGCAAUGGUUCGCGCAGCCUGAGGCCGCGCCCUAACUAAAUAAUUAGUAUGUUAAACUUAAGUGAUAUUAUGUAAUAUAAAAAUACGAAUUUUAAACGAAAAACGUUGAAACGUCAUUUUCUGUUUGGUUUUGUCCUUGUAAAUAUAUUUGCUAUAUGAUUUACUAAAUGAAUGUAACAUAUUAUUAACAAGAAAAAAUAGAUGAAACAACAAUUUU